CGCUGAUGGCAACAGAUAAGUAAAAAGUGAGCUCCUCGGACGCACGACAACACACCAACUGAAGUGGAAAGAGGCUCCUGUUCUGCUCCUUAUCCUAUUUCGGACGCCGCGUACAAGGCGGCGCUGCUUGAGACUCCUGCAGGACUCAGUCAGAGGGAAGAAGUCAGAGUUUAAGAAAACAGCCUCGCCUUACACUCGUGCGUAAAGUUUCACUUCAGUCAGCCUUUGCUUCGUUUUUUUGAGUUUUGGCUCUGCAUGCCGGUGAUUAAGUAUCACGGACCUGCUUGUUUAUAGUUGGGAAGGUGUAAACGAAUUUUUGAGUGCCAUUUUGAAGAUUGAAUUUAUCUAAUGACGGCAGAGGUCCAGCAGCCCCCCGCGCAGCCUCCUGCCCAGAGCAGCCCGAUGUCUGCUCCGGAGAAGCCGCACGGACAGACUGCGGUGAUGGAAACCGCCUCCUCCACUACGAAAACCAAAAAGACAAACGCAGGGAUCCGCAGACCAGAGAAACCUCCAUACUCCUACAUCGCUUUGAUAGUUAUGGCUAUCCAGAGCUCUCCAACCAAACGCCUGACGCUCAGUGAAAUCUACCAGUUCCUCCAGAGCCGCUUCCCGUUUUUCAGAGGCUCAUACCAGGGAUGGAAGAACUCCGUGCGCCACAAUCUGUCCCUGAACGAGUGCUUCAUUAAGCUGCCAAAGGGCCUUGGCCGACCAGGGAAGGGGCACUACUGGACUAUCGACCCAGCCAGUGAGUUUAUGUUCGAGGAGGGCUCCUUCAGGAGGAGACCGAGAGGUUUUAGGCGCAAGUGCCAGGCGCUGAAGCCCAUGUACAGCAUGAUGAACGGCCUGGGAUUCAACCACAUUCCCGAGUCCUACAACUUCCAAGGGAGCGGUGGGGGUCUGUCCUGUCCUCCCAACAGCCUGUCUCUGGACAGUGGGAUCGGGAUGAUGAACGGACACUUGGCAGGUAACAUGGAGGGGAUGGGUCUGUCCGGACACACCAUGUCUCACUUGUCGACCAACGGAGGACAUUCCUACAUGGGAAGUUGUACAGGAUCCACGGGGAGUGAUUAUCCCCACCACGAUAAUUCCGCCUCUCCUCUGCUUACCAGCGGAGGGGUCAUGGAGCCUCACCCCGUCUACUCGAGCUCUGCAUCGACGUGGGCUCCGGCACCCUCGGCCUCGCUGAAUAAUGGGGCCUCCUACAUAAAGCAGCAGCCGCUGUCUCCGUGUAAUCCAGGGGCCAACCCGCUGCAGCCGAGCCUGCCCACACAUUCACUGGAGCAACCGUACCUGCACCAGAACGGGCACAGCACCACAGAUUUACAAGGUAUUCCUCGGUACCAUUCCCAGUCCCCCAGCAUGUGUGACCGGAAGGAGUUCGUCUUCUCCUUUAACGCCAUGACGUCCUCCGCGAUGCACACACCGAGCAGCGGCUCCUACUACCACCACCAGCAGGUCUCCUACCAGGACAUCAAGCCCUGCGUCAUGUGAGGCCUUCAGGGACACCAUUCAGACCGGAGGACGGUGUGACAGACACGAACUCGCAGCAGAGCAAACACCGAGACGAACAGAGAAGUCAAAAACCACUGAGACAGAAUGACGUAGGCUAUCGCCUCGGCCCUGCAUGAAGAGAGCUCACGAGACUACUUUCUGUAGCAUACUGUUUCACACAGCGACAAAGACGCGGAGGCAGACCAACUACGAAACAAAUCAAUAAUAAUUAUAAUAUAUAAUAAUAAAACAUUUCAUGGCAUCAGCAUCGAGCAGCUGGGAACAGACUUGGUGUGUUAAACCCUUGCUGUUGAUUGGUACGAAGCCCUGCAGAGCGGAUGACUACCACUCCACACUUUGUUUAUUCCUCCUGUUAAAUUAGGCCCAUGUAAAAAUGCACAUGUCCAAUUUCUGCAUCUGACAUUUUUAAAAACGUUUUCUUUUGACAAGUUAGGCUGAGGCCUUUUUUCAUUUUGGACUUUUACACCGGUGUCGCAUUUUCAGAUGAACUUAUGGACAUGUCAUAUUUAUGUCCAUAUUUACUGUGUACAAACGAUGAAGGCACUUUUUGAAUAGCCUAUAAGCGCAACUUUUUAUUUAUUCUGUCGGCCCAUGUAUUUUAAAUUCAGGCGAAUUGGCCAAGAAGGUUAUCUGCUUUAUUGGCAAUAUUUGUCAGAGCGCUUGUUAUUUGUUUUAAAAUGAAAAUUGAGGAUAUAUUGUAAGCACUGUUACGUCAUUUGUGUUAGAUGUAUUAGACCUGUACUUUCAGCACUGUAUACUUGUAUAUUGUUAGAAAAAAUAGCAAAGGUUACUGAGUGGGGGCUAAUCUUUAGGCUUUAAUACAAAAAAUCGUUUGUAAAAAAAAAUAAAAGUAUAUAUAUGUUGGGCUUUUUUCCUGCCCGAAUCCACACCAAAAGUGUUUUUAUUACAUACCCAUGAUUCAUUGUGGUGGUUCUGAAAUAAUAAUCACAUUUGUGGAGAACUUAAGGGGGCGAUAUCUUUUUGACAUUUUUAAAUGUUCAGUUCAAAUUAAUCGAGACUUUAAGAGUUAAUAAAUAAUGAAUUUUCCUUAAAAUGACAAAAUUAUCACCUAAUUGUAUACAAUAGCUUAAAAUAUCAAAUCUAAUUUUAAAAAAUGCACUCUAACUGUA